AUGGCUACCUAUCAGGACAACCUCGCCCAAAAUUUCGGCAACAUGGGCUUGGGGCCCAACAACGGCCAAUACCCCCCUCCACAGCAAGGCUACGGAUACCAAGAUCAGCAGCAGCAGCCGCCGCCUUCACAAUACAACUCGCCGCCUCCUCAGGACCAGUACGGCUCGCCGCCCCUCGCGCCGCCGUACCAGCCGCCCCAGGACAAGCCACCGAUCCCGCGCGAGUGGCGGCCGUUUUACGAUCACCAGAACCAGCGCUGGUACUACGCCAACGAGAACACGCACGAGACCCAGUGGGAGGCUCCCGGCUACUACGCCCCUUCCCAGCCGAGCGGAGACUCUCGCGGCUACGACGCACCGUCUGGCCCGCCACCGCAGCACCAACAACAAUACUCCCAGUACAGCCCACCGUCCGGCCCACCUCCUUCCAGCAGUGACGCUAAGAAGAGCAGCGGCGGCGGCAUGGGCAUGGCCGGUGGCCUGGCCGUCGGCGCCGUCGCGGGCCUAGCCGCGGGCGCCGCGGGCUCCUACCUCUUCGGCAAGGCCGAGGACGCGAUCGAGGACAAGGUCGACAGCGUCGAGGACCGCCUGGACCGCCUCGAGCACAAGGCAGAGCACGACGUUGACGAAAGGGUCGACAGGUUCGAGGACAGGGUACACAGGGACGAGGACCGGUGGGAGGAGGCGGCGUACGCCCCCGCGAUGGUGCCCGCGGUGCUGCCCGCCCACGACAUUGACGGCGACUCGGUGUCGUCGAGUGACCGCGAGGAGGUCGAGGAGGCGCGGGCGCGGUAUGAGGAGGCCCUGCGCGAUGCGGACAGCUCGUCGGCGAGCAGCAGCGACAGGGAGGAGCUGGAGGAGGCGCGGGAGGAGUAUGAGGAGGCCUACGAGGAAACGUACGGCGGCGACGACGACGACUGGUAG